AUGCAACCAGACACUGGCUGCAGCUGGUGCCUCUUCCCUCUGACAUUAUGCCUGCACCAUUCCGAGCUGUCCGAAAUACAAUCCACUGAUUUCGCCACAUUUGAGAUUGGAACCACGGAACUACCAGUGGUAGCGUCGCCACAAGAUCGGUAUCUUCUUGCAAAUAAUUCGUUUCCUCUCAUGCAGGACCUGCUAUCAGCAUUGGAAGAGGGCGACAUGAGCAACCCUAUCGGACUUCGAGGUCAGUGGCAGCCACCUCCGCUGCCAACUGACCCAACCGUUUCCGGCGUUGGCUCAGCAAGACCACUUCCCCAACCAGUAGUCGCGUCGGCAGCACUGAUUUCUGCAGCACAUAGACGCAGAACCAACCUUUCUUCCAGGCGAUUUGUCACAAAUGUCGUGGCUGCAGGAAAAGCUUCGCGACGAGGUCCUCUUCGAUUCGCCAUUUUAAAAAGUGCCGAUCGAAUACUAUGGCUCUGGGUCACUUCGUAUCAUCAUGUUCAAAGGGGUGUACUUAGCUUCCCUGUCGUCGUCCCUUGGAUAUAUUUUCUGAACCUCUCGUUCCGCCGCACAGCGCCAGGACACUCUGGCAGGAGCGACUCUGGACUGUUAAAGCGGUUGAAAAGCGGUGAUACAACCUGCCACAUCAUCAGCGCCAUCUUCCCCCGUCGAAUGAAUGGGCACGGUGAGGGUAUUGUCGAGAUAUCUAUGCGGAUUAACGUCGACGUCUUUGUUUCUACAUCAUCUACCUCCUCUCUACAUCCUCUCCCGUUCCUCUCCUCCAACAUUUCAACGUUCAACGUUCAACGCUCAUCGCCAUAUAUCUCUCCCAACCCUCCUCUACCCGCCCAUCUAACCACCCCGGCGCUUCCGACCUACGCCGACCACCAUACCUCACACACUUCGUUGUCGAAUAUGAGGGAGGGUGGGAGGGUAGCGUGGAGUGAGAAGAUGGAUGAGUAUGUUGUUGAAAUCGAGAGGUUGUUCGGGAUGAUGUUGGAGGAUGCUGACGAGAGGAGGCUACUUCUUGACGCUGUUGACACCUUGAAUCGGCCGUUGGUUGGUAUUUGGUGGAUAAACUUGUACUCAAAUAUCUCAUUGGUCCGUGGCCGCCUCUUCUCCACUUUCAUGUCCGACUCGAACGUUUGCGUUCUCUUACCAACUCUUACCCGUAUAGCGCCGCACUACCACCCCCAUCAUGAGAUGUUCACGGUGCUGAACUUGAUGUCAGUAUUUGCUUUGCAAGAUGAUAUUUUGAGAAGUACAGGACGUACCAACGUCAGCGAGAUGGUCUCAAGUCAUCCUCGCAGCUCAUUUAUCGCUCACCUCAUCCUCGUAGACCUUAACCCCAUGGGCUCCUCUCUCCCCUCGCAAAGGCACAUAAUUUUGUGUUUAGAGUUCCGUCCCCGACUCUAUCUGGUCCAAUUCCUCACUCCCCUUGCUAGGCAUCGUAUCCUCCUGGUACUUCCACGUCUCCUUCGCGAUAUCUCCUUUCCUCCUUGUCUAGGACAUGCCAAACGCGCACCCAAGUCGGACGAUGGAUCCCUUCUCAACUCAGAAAUUGCCUUUGCUAAUGACGUCGAUGUUGAGCUAUCCCGCAUCUUGGCAUUGCCUCGCGAGACACGGCCGUUGCCCAAACCUUGUGUCUUGAGUUUUAAGUGGCUCACUUACCCUUUCGUUCGCGAUGAACAGGCGCAAUAUGUCAUUGCGACAAUCAUAGUGGCUCAUCUCAGCUGGAUUAGUCUCAAAGAACACAUCCGAGUCGCGCGUCUUGGUUGUGCGAUGAAAAUGAUUGAGUAG